GCGGAGCGGGGCCCCGGGGCACGGCCGCACCGUUCGUGGUUGCCGGGGCAACCGGCCGCACGCCCCGGUACCCCGCCCGCACAGCAGCACCGGAGGGCCGCAGGGACACUGUGGGGACACAACAGCGAUCACAAAGGGAAACCCAGGCUGCUGUGAGGAGACAGGCGGCCGCGGCACCGGGCUCUACCGCACCCGCGCGGUGCGGCACCGGCGGGCACCGGAGCCGCCGCGGGCUGCCGGGGCCGACAGGGGGCGACAACGCGCCGCUCUCGGCCCCGCAGCUCCGUGCCUGCGCACUGGCACCAGCCGCUCGGCGCAUGCGCCCCACCGCCUCCUGCCCCCUCCCACCCCGGCGCACCCCCCCGGCGCGGCCCAGCGGCGCGGCGGGCGCUCGGCGGGCGAUGCGGGAUCAGCCCAGGGACUGCUGAGCGGGCCGAGGCCCGGCGGCGCUCCCGGCAGCGCACGGCGGCGCUGGCAGCCAGGCCCGCAGGGAAGGGGCGGGAUCGGCCCGGAGCCUCCGCCGGCCGCGAGGUCAGAUGCUCCCAUCGGUGGUGCAGGAGACGAGCGGGGUCGGGAGGUGCUGAGUGCUGAUCUGUGCGUGCUCCGGACCAUGGACUCAUUGAGGGCGUCCCAGGUGUGAAAAUGUCCAGCAGCAACCGGGCGUUAGUGAUUGACUUUGUGUCCUACAAGCUCUCGCAGAAGGGCCACAGCUGGAGCCAGCUGGAGGAGGAGGAUGAGAACAGGACUGACUUUGCAGCCGAGGAGGUGGAGAUGGACGGCGUCCUCAACGGGAGCCCCUCCUGGCACCCUCCCGCCAGCCACGUAGUGAACGGAGCCGCCGUGCACCGGAGCAGCCUCCAGGUCCACGACAUGGUUCAAGCAGCCGACGUGAGGCAGGCGCUGAGAGAGGCGGGGGAUGAGUUUGAGCUGAGGUACCGGCGGGCGUUCAGCGACCUCACGUCCCAGCUCCACAUCACCCCCGGCACCGCGUACCAGAGCUUUGAGCAGGUAGUGAACGAACUCUUCCGCGAUGGAGUGAACUGGGGGCGCAUCGUGGCUUUCUUCUCCUUCGGAGGAGCCUUGUGCGUGGAGAGCGUUGACAAGGAGAUGCGGGUAUUGGUGGGACGCAUUGUAUCUUGGAUGACCACCUACUUGACCGACCACCUAGAUCCCUGGAUCCAGGAGAAUGGCGGAUGGGAGCGCUUUGUGGACCUCUAUGGGAACGAUGCUGCUGCCGAGGUGAGGAAGGGCCAAGAGACCUUCAACAAAUGGCUCCUGACCGGGGCGACGGUGGCCGGGGUGCUCCUGCUGGGAUCCCUGCUGAGCCGCAAGUGAGCCAGCCCCGCCGCGGCCCCCCCGGCACCGCCACAGCCACUACACUCCUCCCGAGCACCGGCAGCCCCACGGAGCCCCCCCUGUGCCGCAGCUCCUCCCGUCGUAGCCCGUCUCCUCAUCCCUUACCUUGUGUUUUAAAGGCGCUGAGGCCAAGGCAGCACUUCAGCCACCAGCUCCCGCGCUGGGGGGACCCGGGCAGCCGGGGCAGCACUGGCCAGAAGGUGUCCCAGCCCCGCAGGGUCCUCCAGAUCACUUGGAAGAGAAUAAACAGACUUAUUUUUGCAUGUGUGAGUGCGUGCGUGUGUGUAGAUGUGUCACUAAUAUAAGGUUCCCCAGCCAGAGCGAGGGUCGAGGCUCCCUGCUCCCGUCUCAGGCAUGCUGAGGCCCUGGGAAGAGGCAGGCUGCCCAAAGGGAUGGAGCUUCCCUGCAGCAUCCCAGCCCCAUCCCUGCUUUCUCCAGGCAGAGCUCAUCCCUGUGGUGGUGGGGAGUGAGGAGGAAGAGGCAGAGGCUGGAGGCAACGAGCUCUGACCUCACAUCAGCCCCUUUCUCCCCAGACAUCAGCUGCUGGGAGCUGGUCUCAGGUGAGGAUGGAGUGUCAGGCUGUGCCCCUUGAAGGGAUCCUCUUCCUCCUCCUCCUCCCUCUGAAUGUAGGUUGCUGUGGGGCCUGCUCCAGGCUGGCGAAGGAGGGAGGCAGGCGAGGGGCAGAGUGCUUGAACCAGCCCCUGCCCUGGCUUGAGGGACCCAGGGUGCAGAAGGGGAAGCAGAGCCCUGGGAGCAGCCCCACCACGGCCCAUCCCGGGGGCAGUGAGGGUUGGCACCAGCCAAGAGCCUCGUUGGAGCCACCGGCCUGUCCCGUGGGUCCCUGCUCCCCAUAGCACAGACAGACCCUGUCCCCGGCAUGGCUGUGAUGGGUGCGUGCAGCAGCUUCUGAGCUGAACUUAGCUUCAAGAACACCCCCCGGCCCCCGGAGCCCAGCUCGGGCAGCGCCGCUGCCCCACGCUCUGCUGUACAGACCCCGUAGGUUUUAAUUCAUUUGUGAAUACUCUUUAAUGCUAUUUUUGUUAUCUUGUCUGUCCGUAUUUAUGUGUGGGGCCGUGCUCCCUGCAGAGGCCAAGGGGGGUGGAGGCGGGGGGGGGUCCUGCCUGGCCCCCGAGCACAGACUCGUGCUCCCAGGGCAGGGUCCGCUUGCGCCGGGAGCAGCUCCCGCACGGAGCGCGCAGGGAGUAGCAUCAGCCCGUUGAACGCUUCGGUUUGCAGGUGGAGGUGAGUCCACAAAUAAACUCUUGUCAUUGGA